AUGGAGACUAUGAGUAGUGGGAGCAACACUGGGCUUGAAACCUUCGACUGGGCCAAGCGUCCUAGUGCAGCUAACCGAGAAUCGGUAUGGGAUGGAUUUCAAGGUUGGAUUACUGUGAUGGAGACAACGGCACGCGAGAAAGAUUUCUCAGCAAAGAUCUACAUUUAUGGGCAUGAGGCCGGCGCUGAUAUCAGCAUGUACCAUACCUAG